GUGAAGACAAUAGCUACGUAAGAGGGGAAAAAAGGAGUGGCAGUAGCUAAACGCAGGGAAGAAAGAGAAAAAGAAGAUUUUCGCCACUCUGUGCAGCAGCAACUUUUCACCUCCGGAUAGAAGGCCAAACGAAAUCCGAUCGUGCUCAAAUUUUAGUAUGUUGUUCCUCGCAUACCCCUCUUCAAAUUCAUCGGUCAGUUUCUCGUUUUGAUGCCCGGAAGGUGGUUUUCUUGCUGCGUUUCCAGACCUGCGUUUUUGGGAGUUUUUACUCCAUUUUGGAUAAAUUGUUGAUUGUUGUUGUUCCAAGGUUGUUCCUUGAUGAUUGUAUGUGCCUCUAGUGUUUACUAGAGAGGAGAACUUGUUGUACCCACUUGAUUUUUGGUAAUUAGUGGAAGUUUAGGAGCCGUUGUUGAGCGGCCAUGGUUUUCUCCCCGAUUUGGGGUUUCCACGUAAAUCGUGUUGAUGAGAAAGCUUGGACUACCUUGAACCGGAAAGCUAUUGCAUCAAUCGGACAAUAUGUUUCUUUAAGUGUGUUGCAACAUGUUGCUAAUGAAACUAAUGCUUUUGAGAUGUGGAAGAAACUUGAAUCCAUGUACGAGAGGAACAAUGCUAUGGGAAAAGCUUCUUUGAUUAGGAAGCUUGUUAAAUCGCAAUACAAAGAUGGUGAUAGCAUUGUGGUUCACAUGAACGAAUUUCAAGGUGUGAUGGUCAAGGCUAGUCUUUUGAAUGAAGAGGCUAGGAGGAAAGAAUCAGGUUACCCUAGCCAAGCCGAAGCAAAUGUGAUUCCAGAAUCUAGUAGGGGGAGAAGCAAGAGCAGAAAUCCUCAUUAUAGAAACAAGUCCAGGGGGAGAUCCAAAUCCAGAAAGAGAGAUUUCAUUUGCCAUUAUUGUCAGAAGCCGGGUCACAUUGAGAGAUUCUGCAGAAAGAAAAAGAGGGAUAUGUCCAGGGAGAGAAAAGAUAAAAAUGAGAGUUCCGAGCAGAAGCCAGAAGAGAAGAACACUACAGCCUUGGCAUCUAAUGAUGAUGAUUUGUUUGUUAUCGGUGAUCAUGGACUAUUAAAUGUAGCCUGUGAUGACUGCACCUGGGUGAUUGAUUUUGGUGCAUCUUAUCAUAUUACUUCACACAGGGAGUACUUCUCAUCCUAUACUAGUGGUGAUUUUGGCCAUGUGAGGAUGGGAAAUGAUGGUUCGUCUAAGAUCAUCGGUAUGGGUGAUGUUUGUUUAGAGACUUCCACUGGUUGCAGGUUGGUGCUCAGGGAUGUGAGGCACAUCCCAGAUAUCAGAUUGAGUUUGAUUUCAGCUGGUUUGCUUGAUGAUGAAGGUUAUGCCAACAAAUUUUGUGAUGGAAGAUGGAAACUCUCUAGGGGCAGUUUGAUUAUGGCUCGAGAAACUAAUGAACAUGUUGAUAUGAACCAUGAUUCACACACUAAUGAAGAUGAGACUAUUUCUAAUGAGGUGGAGCAUGAUAGUGUAGAAUCACAUGUUGAAAAUGAUUUGCAUGACUAUCAACUUGCUAGGGAUAGAAAUAGAAGAACCAUUAGCAAACCUGCGAGAUAUGUUGAUGACCGUAAUAUGUCUGAGUUUGCUUUUCAUGUUUUUAAAUUCCUUGAGUGUGAUGAACCUAAGACUUAUCGCUAUGAUGAGUCCCGCGGUUCCUUGUCAAAUUAUGUGCACUACUUUGGGCCAAAGGUGGAGAUUGUUAAUUUAUUUGGGUUGGCCCAAACAUACUAAUAAUAUUUGACACCCAACCCAGCAGCCCAUUUACUCAAGCCCAACUUUUACUCCUUAACCUAAUUAAGCUUGCCUUAAUUACCACCCCAAUCUCCACUAUAUAUUGAGGGGCUGCCUUUGUGUUUCUUCACCGUGCAAAACAUCCGUCUCUUUCUCUUUGUGAGUUCUUUGUGUGAUAUUUCUCUUCCUCUGUGAGUUCAUCUCAGUUCUUCUCCGUUUCUUUGUGAGUGGAGUGUGGCGAGGUUGGGUUGGGGUGUUGCUCCUUUUGGUACCCUUGUAGUGCACAACUACGGACCGAUUUUUACGGGUGACCUGAGCCUAAUCGGAAUAAAUAAAUACACAUAACAAGUACAACAUAUACCCAUCUGUUGUCUAUUGAAUGACUUUCACCUAGACUCACACACCAUGAUUCUGAAAGCAUUUCAGAUUCCUAGCGUUACACGUAGCAUACCAUAAAACGGCAAUGGCAGCCAUUACUACUUUGCAGCCAAUGAGCAACACACAUUCUGAGCUGCUCAGCCUAACCACAAUCCAGAAGAGAUGGUUUACAGUUUCAUCUACCCUUUCACAGAGAUGACUGUUG